AUGGUGUACAACAUUACCUACCGCCGCCCUUCGAAGGUCCAGGCAUCGUCCAGUGAUUCCAUCAAUGGAGACGAGAAGCAAAAGUCUAUCAAUGAGUCCAUUGAGUCUGGAAACUCUGGCAUGAGCCAUGGCAUUCCAGCAGCGUUGUCCUUUGACCGCAUUAUCGCUGGUGGCACUUGUCCUCCCGUGACGCUACGAGAGUUCAUGAACUACCUCAAGUACAUCGAGUAUGCAGCUGAGAACCUGCAAUUCUUCCUCUGGUACAAAGAUUAUGCCUCACGUUGGGAGCAGCUCAAGGACAGCGAGAAGGCCUUGUCACCAGAAUGGACGAUACCUCCAGAAGCUGACAUGACCAUCCCGCCUGCUCGGCCAAAGCGAGUACCCGCUCAGAUCGCGGCAGUGCUCAAGGACACCGACUUUGCAGAUGCACCGAAGCAACCUGUGGAACGACCUGACCCUUUCAACAUGCCGCCGAAGUCUGGGUCCUUUGAAGACAAGAGGGAGUUUGAUUCGGACUAUGCGAUGUCGAUGAGCGACGACAAGACUCUGUUGAGCAGUACGAACAGCAACAACCAUCAAAGUGUCACGAACCACGCUUUUGAUGAGGCCGGCAUGAAGUGGAAGCCAUUCACCUCGCAGGCAUACCGCGAUGAAGUCUCCCGCAUCGUCAGCAUAUACAUCGCUGAAGGUAGUCCCCGUGAGCUGAACUUGUCCUCACGCGAACGUCAAGCAGUAUUGCAUGCUCUGCAGCACACAACCCAUCCCAGCGCGUUCAACUCCAUUGUCACGAGCGUUGACUUCUCUUUGCGCAAGCAAGCCCACCCCAACUUCAUCCGAUGGACGAUCUGCAACGGCAACCGAUCUCGCGUCAUUUUCGCCCGUGGUCUGGGCAUCUUUCUCAUCCUGGCCGCCUUCAUCGCGGACCUACUCAUCACUCUCAGCUCUGCUGGACGUGGAUGGAGGGUGCUGCCUAUCAUCGGCUGGCUCCUUGGCAUAUCCACUUUGAUCGCUGCCUGGAAGGGCAUGUGUGUUGUCUUGCAUGGCCUGCAUCACAGACACAUCCGGCCAUGGGAGCUUUUCACGGACGAGACGGAAGAACAGAUCAACGAGAAAUUCAACUCAAAGGAUGGCCUUGUCUCUGAAUCUCGCAAUUCUUUCGAAGAAGAGCCGUGGGUGCCACGUUAUAAGAAGCGAAACAUCAUUCGAAAGAUCUUCGAUCGCGAAGUCUGGAUUCAGGAACCUGCUCUACGCCAGAUUCAGGACACCAUCUUUCUCCAGUCGCUGCUCGGCGCAUUUGUGGCUUCUGUGAUUGUCGUUGGCAUCUUCUGUGCGGUGCCUCAUGGUAACUUGUUUUAA